CGAGUGUACCGGACAGGUCAGAACCUGGAGGGCAGGGCGUCCGUCCUCGGGAUCCUCGUGGGCAACGGCAGGAGCAGCGCUGCUUUCAUAAGGUGUCUGGUCUCCAAGCUCACUUCUGUUUGAAAUUCAACUUUAGUGGCCCUGGAACCAAGAAAGUAAUUUUCAAAAUAGCAUUGUUUCCAGUGCAAUAUUUUCUUUAAUGAAACAGGAAAAACAGGUACGCAGUGGGGUGAGAGAGGAAGCCAGGCUCCCCGGCUCCUUGCACAGGUCUGCCCCCCACAUACGGCAGCCCCAGGUGGCACAAAGCCCAGCAGUGAGCCCUGAGGCAGGAGCAGGAUGUCAGGACCCUCAGCCGGGCCUUCCUCACCCAGGCGGGGCCUCCAGGGGUGCAGCUGGUGAGGCAGGGUGGGACCGGGUCCUGCUUAGGCUCGGCAUGGAGAGGUGCGGAAGGGCAGGUUUGAAAAGACUUUUGGCAGCGUUGUGGCUACGGAUUUCACUACGUGAACAAACUCUUCCCCUGUCACAGCUCUGCGGUCCACCCGUUCACCGCCUGCGCUUCCUUUUGCUUCCUUUGCACUGUUUGCUGGUAACAUUUUCAAAACAUGCGAGUGAAUGAGAAUUAGUCUCUCACGGGCCGUGGCAGCCGACCCGCCCCUGAGCCCUUGCCCAUGCCCCCUCUCGGGCUCCUCUUCGGCUGUGGCCGCUGGAUGUGCUCCGCUGCGUGCUUUUACAGCAGGGACCUUUCCAUGCGUCCUGGACUUCUGCACCCGGCUUGCCACCGACCUGCAGGAGACGCGCAUGAGACAGCUCACGUCGAUUCUCACCUCGUCUCGGGCACAUGAUGAAUUACUGUCUGGUACGUUCUGGGGUGCGAGUGAAUUUCUGCGGUCCCCCAGGCAGCUUACCUCGAAUUAGGUGCUGCUGUUUCAGAUGCAAUUUGUCUCCAUUAGACUCGGCGCUGGCCCUGCUUGUCCUGGGCAGUUAGCGUGACUGGAGCAGCUCGUAGCUGUGUGCUGGCGGGUCGCAGGCGUGCCCUCCAGGCGCGGCCGCCUGUGCGUCUGAGUAAUAGCCAAUCUCCCCUUCCUGCCGUUUUGCGCUUGUUACAUUAGCUCUGGUAUUAUUUCCUUGGUAAUUUUCUGCCAAGGCUGCUUCUGUCUUUACCUAUAUAUUUUUUCAAUAGUGCAAGAGGCACGAGUGAUAAAGAACCAGUUAGGCUCCUGAAAUCCACAUGGUCUGAACAUUUCUGAAUGAUUGAACAACUGUCUUCUACAUUAAAAGUUCAAGAGGUCAAGGAGCAUGGUGCACUAGGAGUGUGUGAUACACAGCAGCCCCUGAAUCCUCGAAGCAGCAGACCGGAGAAGGCGGGGAGGACACAAGCCUGUGGCCUUGCUCCGCCGGGGCUCCUGUGGCAUCGUGAUGCUGGCCAUGGCCAACCUCUGGCACCGUGAGCCCGGGAAACCCUUCUCCUAGAGGUCGGUUUUCACACAGACAGAAGUUGGAAUGCAGCUGUGUUGGUCUGAACUGACCUCAGAGUUUCGUGCAGACAGAUUCUGAGCCAGGAACCAGACUGUAGACCUGGUAUUUCAAAAUAUAUUCCUGUGGUAAUGGAAGGAGAACACACCUACAACAACGGCCAACUUACACUGGAAUUCCAGCCCUGUAAUUUACCAGUUAAGAGACUCUGAGAUACAUAAGUGAAAACACUGACUGUAUCUAUAAGGCACCUCCAGAAGAUUUUGCUAUUUUACUGAAAAUAAGUAAGUUUAGUUUGGGAUCCACAACUCCUCUAAUCCUAUGCCUAAGGCGACUGAAGUCUUGCAUAGCUCCUUUUUACAGUCCCUGUCCCUUAGUUUGGAGAGGGAGGCCAGGAGAGAGAGAGGAAGUUCUUGGCUGGAGCACCCAAGUUGCCACCCAUGACCUGGGGGGAGUGCACAGCUUGGUGUGUGGGGUCCAUCCACAGCCUAACAGAGGAUCUAUUCCCCUCGCCAACCUUUGGAUGUGACCUCAGACGGGAUGAGGAGCUUAGCGAGGGCGUGAGGACCGUUCAACCCUUUUUUGUUCUCAUGGGAGCCGUUUAUGAUCCCCAUGCCCUUUGCAGGCAUCUGAGCCCUGGCCAUGGUGCGUCCUCCCAGGCUCUCACACGUGCUGGAGCCCUUGGCGGUGGCCAGCUGCCAUGCACGGUGAAGGCUGCAUUCCUGGAGGAGCCUCUCAGCCGGGGGAUGGGUCUUUGUCUUCGUUCUCAAGGUUUGUUUAACCCAAGACCGUGGGUCGACAUCCUCCUCCCUGAGGUCUCAGAUCUGCAGCCCUGUCCUCUGGAGUCACCCUGAGCGUUCAUGCACAGGUGAUGGUGCAAAGUAGCACUUGGAUAAAGUGUUCAGAUGCGAAUCCAGCCCUGUCUGCCUUGGGUCAGUCCAGUGUUUGGUCUGAGUCUCCGUGGCUGUGGUUGACAGUGACUGGGUUUGCACAGGAGGUCCCCGGAGCUCACUGACAGCACCCACAUCUGCAGGCCUCUCUCGCUGUCUUGGUAAGCACCGGCCUCCCCCGAGCCCGCUCCGAGCACCACGCCUGUUCUGCAAAGCUGUCCUGGGUGCUUUGGUGUGAGUCUCACUGAGGGAAACCACCGGGAGAAGCGUGCUUUGGUGGCCGCUCUCUGUGUUCCCACAGCCCCUGCUGUCCUUGUAUCUGAGUGGCUAAGGACCGACCUGGACCCCCAUGGUGAGGAUGGUUGUCUCCAAACUGGCAAAAGAGAGGUGAAAAAUUCAGUUCCCACACAUGAGCUCCUGGCUCUGGUGUCCGGGAGUCCUGAGGAGCUGGUUGGAUUUUGUCUUGCCCGGAGAACUGUGGUAGCUUUGGCUCCUGUGUAACUCCUGCAAGAGCAAUUCCAUUCCCCAGCAGGAUCCAUGAGCUCUGCACACCUCAAGCUGAUCUGACUGAAGAUCACGCCUUUUACGCAUGAGUCCAUCCCGAAAACUGACGAUAGAAAGUAUCUGGAAGCACAGUACAGUUUCCGUGGCUGCCACUGGGGCAAGGAAACUCCUGCCUGGCGUUGGGCCGGGAGGCCUGGGCACCGGAGGAAGCUGGCUGCGGGGCACGGCAGGAGGGAGCAGCCGGAGCUCCACGCAGCCCCUGAGUCAGGGCUGCACCCGGAGAACCAGAGCCGCAAGCUGCCCGGCCCCAGGAGCCUCUGAGCGGAUGGGUGAGAAAGGAGUGCUGGAUCGGCUGAGGAAGCCGACGCCAGUGCCCAGUGCAGACGGUUUGCUGCGGAGGGGUCUCCAGCACACGCUCUUCAGGGCUUGUCCGACUUCCCCCAGGUCUCUGGAGACCAGCAAAGGAUGCGAGAAGUAUGAGGCCAAGCUGCCGUCAGUGGAUGGAGAAUGCUCAGAAAAGAAAAGUGCAGGUCAGAUAAGCAGCAAAGCCCAGCUCGGCGCCAGGAGCCCCAACCCGGCGGAAAGAGCGCCUGUGUUCUUUCACAUCCAAGGAAAGCACAGUGGAGCGGCAGCAAGCUCCCGAGAAGGCUUCAGAGGUGGCGUUGAAGCCGGGGGCGCCGGGAGAGGGUCCGUGGAUCUGCUCGAGCGUUAAAGUGCUGUGGCGCUCACACUCCUCUGUUGGAACGGGGUCGGCCGAGGACUUGCUCGGGCGGGACGCACGUGGGUCUGUCCGGGGUGUGGCCUCUUCUGGGUUGUCCUCCAUGUCUCUGUGGGCAUCUCAGCCUCUGCCCAGGUGACCGAACCCAGGAGUGAGAGCUGGUGACACCACUGCUUCUGUGCUUUCAAGAUGAAAUAAAGCAGUGUCUUUCAAAGCUGUGUA